AUAGGCAGAAAAAGUCCCGGUGAGACAGGAAGCCUGCCGGUUCCUGAUGCAUAAACUAGACAGUAGAGGCAGCACUUGACUGACGCGGAGCUCACUCUGCUGCGGCGUCUGCGAGCAGCUGCCGGGUUCCUCACCAGGCUCCCCUCCCUCUCUUCACUGGCUGAUGGAUCCCAAGGGACUCCUCUCCUUGAACGUCCUGCUGUUUCUCUCCCUGGCUUUUGAGCUGAGCUGCGGAACAAGUGAGGACUUGAUGAACUGCCCAGAGAUCCCUGGCCGGCUGGGAAGCAGCGUGCUGCUGCCCCUGGCCUCUGAGUGGAUGAUUAAGAGCAUGAACAAGAGCAUCCACAUCCUCAUCACAAAGGCAGAGUCACCCGGAAGCAAGGUCAAGAAGAAAAUAGUGUCUCUUGAUCUGCCGGAAGGGGGAUCUCCAGGAUAUCUGGAGGAUGGCUACACAUUUCACCUGGAAAACCUGAGCCUGAGGAUCCUGGAGAGCAGGAAUAAAGAUGAGGGCUGGUACUUUAUGAGCGUGGAGGAAAACGUUUCAGUCCAACACUUUUGCCUGCAGCUGAAGCUCUAUGAGCAGGUCUCCACUCCGGAAAUUAAGGUGUUGAACUCAACCCAGGAGCAUGGGAACUGCAGCCUGACGCUGGACUGCACAGCAGAGAAGGGGGACCAGGUGGCUUACAGCUGGAGCGAGGAGGUGGGCACCCACUCGCUGAGACCUGCCAACGGCUCCAGCCUCCUGUAUCUUACCCUUGGCCCCCAGCAUGCCAACAAUGUCUACAUCUGCACUGUGAGCAACCCCAUCAGCAACCGCUCUCAGACCUUCGUCCCGUGGUCCACAUGCUGGCCUGAUUCCUCAGAAUCAAGACAAUGGGGACUGUAUGCUGGGCUGUUCUUAGGGGGCAUUGUUGGUGUCAUCAUGAUUCUCGAAAUGGUAAUACUCCUACUGAGAAGAAGAGGUAAAACAGACAACUGCCAGCCAGCAGUGGAAGCAAAAAGCCUUACUAUCUAUGCCCAAGUCCAGAAAUCAGGUUCUGUUCAGGAGAAAUCUGAUCCUCUGUCGGCUCAGGACCCCUGCACCACCAUUUACGUUGCUGCCACAGAGCCUGUCCCAGAGCCUGUCUCAGAGCCUGUCCCAGAGCCCGUCCAGGUCCAGGAGUCAAGCUCCAUCACAGUCUAUGCCAGCGUGACACUUCCAGAGAGCUGACACCACAGACCCAGUAAAGGGAAUUUUGGAAGUAACACGGAGGAGCCAAAAAAACCACUGAACUUGGUCCCAGGUUCCAAGUUAAAUGUGACAUCUUCCACAUCUGUGCUCUUCUUGGAUCGACUCCCUGGUGACAUUUCUUCCAUACCUACCUGUGCAAUGGACAAGGAAGUCAGGCUAUCCAAGCACUUAGCCUGCUCUGCAGAGGGCACAAGCCCAGAACAGAAAGCUACCGAGUAUAGCUUUCCAUCUCUGCGGUGUAGCAGGCAAAAUGGAUAAUGCCAGUCCGUGGAGUCCAGACCUUCAGGUGUCUUGCUCUUUGCUGGGAUUGGACAAUGAAAGCCAAAGGCAGAAAGCCAGAACAAGACAUCCAGCACCUGUCUCAGACAGAUGACCACCAGCUGCAAAGUCUGGAACAGCUUACACUCUGGCUGCCUAUACUCAGUCCGGGAGCUGCUCUCACUCACCGUGCAGACUUGAUCAAGGCUCUGAGCCUCAGUUUCUCUCUGGGUGGGCAGUGCAGGGUAAAUUCCUCAUUGUAUGUAAAACACUCUGAGAUUAUUCUAUGAAAGAAGCUAAUAGAAUAUUUUAUUUGUAAAUACUGGAAGCUAAAGAAUUAAUAAACUGAAAAGACACUGAA